AUAUGUUUUUGUUUAUCAAAAUAUGUUUUAUAUCAAGUUAUAUAAAUAAUUGUUUAGUCUGUUCAAAUUUUUAUCUAUUUGAUGUAACUUAUCUUCUAUUUUCGUCAUACGUAUAUAAAAGAUCAAGUUUGGAAAGUGGUGCCCUCUGUUCCAAGCAGUUUGGAAUAUUGUCAGCGGGCAGGCGCUGGACCGCUUUCUGAGGCUGCGUGUGAGAUAAAGAGCGAAAGACAGAGAAAGAUCGCGAUUCAAACUCGAAAUCUAACGAGGAACUCUCAGAGCCACGCGAGUGGCCGCGCGAUACGGCACGGGUGUUUGAAAACGGCCGAUAACUGUGUGCAUCGCGCCAUGUGUACGGAGAAAAGUGCGAAUUUGCUGUGGCUUCUUUAUUCCAUAUUGCUCAUCUGUGGAUUUGUUCUGCCAUACGGACGCUGCCAAAACGCGGACCCGCGAGAACAAUUCGGUAACAGGGAUGACGCGAGGAAAAUAGACGAUCUGCGCGAUGAACUGCAGGCUGACGAUGCGGAUCAGUCGUACGUCUGGGAUGCGUCUCUCGAGGGUAAAAAGACGCUCGACGAGAACGGGAGCUCCCUCUCGUCUCGAAACGCGGCGGAGGUGUCGGAGACGGAAGUGGAAACAGCGCCUCGGGCAGACGGAAAUAGGGACAAGGUCCUCGUUCCACCAGCAGGUGUUUCCAACUCAUCGUUUCGGCCGGGACUGAAUGUCACAGCCUCGGCGUCGAUCACUCGUCGAAAGGGCGACAGCGGCGACAGAUCCCGGAAGAAACGUCGCAGAAACAAAGAUUCGAAGAGCGGGAACACGGAGGUGGAUCGUGAAUCGCGAGACAACAGCAGCCAGGAGAACGAGAUCAGGGGGAAGCGGAACGGGCAGACGAAGAAGCCUAAUAAAGACUCCGCGGCGAGGAGGUAUCGGGCCGAGCGUCGCAGGAGGAGGAAGAAUCGCGAGCGGAAACGCGGGCGGAAGAGGGCGAGGAACGGGGAGAAGAACGGGGAGGCGCGUAGUAGAGCGUCCAAGUUGAAGAGAAGGAUGAACGACGCGCCGGCUGCGCUGCUUCUCGGCAAGAUCGACGGCCACGCGGUGGACGACGCGACGAACGUGACUUGGAGAGGUGCGAACCGAACGCGCUCGAGCGGCACCGAUGUUACGUCACCGUCCAAUCUUCAGGAUCAAUUAACCACCGAGGCCGCGAAGGCCACGCAGACCACCUCGCGUUACAACACGCACGAGGACACCGUGGAGAGAGAAUUUUCGAAACAGCUCGAGAAAGAGAUCUCGCGCACCCAGAUGGAGGAUCCGGCCAGCUUGGAGAACCGCAUCCUGGGCAGCUCUGUUCCCAAGUCGUCGCGGAAGAAUUGGGGCCGAAAGGAGGGGCAGGAGGAGGAGGAGGAGGUGGAGGAGGGCGGGAACGAGGCGAAGUUCGGCAACUCCAGGUACGACGCUGAGAAGAUGUUGGGCUACUCGAGGACGGAGGAGGAUCUGCCCAUUCUGGAUUUGGAGAACGAGGUGCUGGCGAGGACGUUGAAGGAUUACAACGCGUACAUGACGUCGAGUUUGAGGUUGUCGAUGGUGACGAGGCGGGGCGGGGAGGUCGAGCGGAGGAGGGCCGGGGGCGGGUCGCAUUUUCACGGAAAGCCCAUAAUCGACGAGGCAGAGUUGGACAGGUUGGGUGGUGGAAAGAAGAGCGCGGAAUGGGGGAGCAGCAGCACGGUGGUGUACGAGGACGAUACGAGGGGGGAUUUGUCUUGCAUAAACGGGACGUUCGUGCCUGCACCCCUCGCCAGGCAUGCGCUGAUCAAAUAUGUAAAAUCAUCGAUACCAGGCCACGAAUACUUGGAAGCCGAUUACGAAUGUGCCCCAGGAUUCUAUAUGGUGAGCACAACGAACAGAUUGUUAUGCAAAAAUCGUCAAUGGAUGGGACAACUGCCAAAGUGCAAGAUCAAAGCGAAUUUUCAAGGUGCGUGCAUCGACGCUUCCUGCGAUCACGUUUGUAAAGAAGUCGAUGGCAGACCGGUGUGUUCCUGUUACAAAGGUUUCCGGUUGGAGGAUGAUAAAUGUAUGGAUGUGAACGAAUGCAAGGAUAACAAGGGAGGUUGCGAACAUAAAUGUGUGAACACCCCGGGAUCCUUUCGUUGUGAGUGCCCAAAGGGGAUGAAACUAGACGAGGACAGGUUCACAUGCAAGGAUAUCAAUGAAUGUCUGUUGAACAACGGGCACGGGCCUUGUCAGGAUACGUGUCGGAACACUAUAGGCGGCUACGAAUGUUCCUGCGACAGUCUACAGGACACCGUGCUGUCAGCCGACAACCACACGUGUCAGACAGCGGGUCCCUGUAGCGUCAACAACGCGGGAUGCUCCCACACCUGUCUCUCCACCAUGGGACGAGUAUUUUGUCUCUGUCCCGAUGGUUUCAUCCUGGAGGACGACUGGAAAACCUGUCAAGACGUGGACGAGUGCGCCCAACCCGAUUUGCAAACGGAGAUGUGUCGGUACGGUUGUAUCAACACACCAGGAUCUUAUCGAUGCGCCGAGCCAAUGGAGUUGAAGGAUCAACCGAUACUGGACAGCUUGUCCAUCACGUGCCUGCCGGGCUACGAGGCCACCCCCGAUGGAACUUGUAUCGAUAUCAAUGAGUGUACAGUUGACAACGGUGGGUGCACAGAAGUCUGCGAAAACACGGAUGGGAGUUUCUUCUGCGCCUGUGACGGUGACGAAAAAGCUCUAUCGUCGGAUGGCAAGUCUUGCGUGGAUAUAAAUAAUGUAUCCUGCCCACCGUUGAAUCCGGAGGGUCGAGGAUAUUUAAUGUGUUCACGUUUAGCUGCUCCAAAGCCAUGGAGAGGCAGACGAAGAGUGGCCAAUCGACCAGGUACCAAAUGUUUCUUGAAGUGUCCCCAUGGGUAUCAACUUCACGGAGAAUACGAAUUGACUUGUAGAUCGGAUGGUUCGUGGGACGGUCCAAAACACGGCGAGUGCGUCAGAUACAGCAAGCCUCGUUUAGAGUGCCCGAAAGAUGUGAUCGCGGAACUGCCACCGGGGAGAGACGAGGCCUUCGUGACGUUCGAUCAACCCUCGACAGAUCUGGAUUGGUUCCGGUACGUUCGAUCGAAACCCUCCUGGGGCACCAGGCUGGAGGCUAAUCUAACCCCGGGUGUGCAUGAGAUCACGUUCUUCGCGAGACACCCGGUAUCGAAGAAGCAAGCUAGCUGCGUGUUGCGCAUCAUUGUCAAAGGAGGCGAGGCGCCAAAAGUUAAAGACUGUCCGAACGACAUAGAGGUCACGGGGAGAAAUGGGACAGCGAUUACGUGGACCGAGCCAAUUUUCACGGACAACGUGAAGGUGACCCGGAUUAGGAGCAACGAGAGUCCAGGACGACGUUUCGACGUCGGUGGGCACAGAGUGGAGUACGAGGCGAGCGAUGAAGCGGGUUGGUCGAGCAAGUGCGUGUUCACCGUGGUCCUUCGCCAGGAGUGAGGCGGAAAUUCGUCGACGAUCAGGUGAGCGCGAGAACAAGGAAGAAGGAAGAGGAGGAACAACGGUGAGAAAGAAGGAAUCCAGGUAAAAGGGGAGGGAAAAGGGGUAGGUAGUAGCGGGCUGGAAGAGCAACGAUAAGGUAAUAUAAAUGGAAAUGCUCUGGACUCAUGCGCGUCGUAUUCUUCGCGUGCGUAAUGGAUUCCGUUUUAUUCGAAAGGUUAAACGUGAAUGAGACACGAAUAUGUCUUGUCGCGAUAUUCGUGAUGCACACACGAGGGUGUGUGUGUGUGUGUGUACACGUGGAAAUUUUAAUGUUUGAAAAAGUUUGAUAUCGGAUAUUAUCCUAUUUGGUGGGAUUAGAAGAAGAUGAUUUGAAAAUAUGUUUGGGGAGAUUUUUUCGUUUUAUUGUUUAUUGAAUUAGUUUGAAAAAAGGAUUACAAUUUUUCGUUUGGAAUAAUAUUUAAAAAAAGGAAGAAAACGUACAUUUAUAUAUGGAAAUAUAUGUAAUUAGAAAGAUGGUUGGAAAGUUUAAAAAUUGCUUUUGGGAUCUUUCUUUCAGAGGGAUUGGAAUUUUUAUUAUCUUAUUAAUUAUCCCAUUAAGAUUUUUUUCAAUCAUUUGGGAUUUUUACAAUGUUUUUGAUUAUCCAAAACGUGGAUAUAAAUUUCUUUUUGCGAAAAUAUCUGUUAAUAUCUUACGUACUGAUUUUAAUUUUUCUUAUUAUAAUGAUCAUUAUUUUUUUUUUUUUUAGCAUUAUUAUUUUUCUCCUUCAAUUAUUCAAUAUAGCAUACAAUUCAAAAAGUUUUUAAUAGCUUUAUAGAAUCGUACAAUAUCGACAAAGAUGAUCUCGAGAAUAAUGAUUAAUAUCCUUGUUAUUCAUAAUUCUUUGAUGAUUAUUGCCAAUAUCUGAAUUCCCUAGUCUCCAUAAUUUCUCAAACAUUUAUUCGUUAAUGGUGUACCAAUCAUCUAAGAUAUUUUAUAAUCUCUAUCACGCUCGAAGGUUUUUUUUAUUUUGAAACACUUGGAAUGUUGUAGCGAAAAAUAUUAUUCCAGUGGAUAUAAUGUUACUAUUCGACCAGUAUCUUCAUCCUAUUAAAGUUUAAGAAGUGGAGCACUUAAGAGAUGAAAGAUGGUGAAGUCUGAAUCAUUCUAUUCGUGAAAAUGCAAUUAAAUUUUUAUCCACGUCUACGCAUGUAUAUGUCGAUGAUUAUGAAAGUGGUUUAAAUAAAAAAAAAGAACUUCAUCCGUUUAUUUAAUUUGUAUCGAGUUGAUUUGCUCUGUAAAAUAGAAUGAUAUUAUCUUUCAAAAAGUGGUUGAAAAUUGAAUAGCAAAAUGCGACGUGGAAAGUAUAUUUUAUUAAUGAUGACGAUUGUAAAAAUCGGAGUAUUUUAAAAAAAAAAGCUAGUCAGAGAUAUAGUUAGGUCUCCAAAAUAAUACAUUCUUAAAUCAUAAAACAAAUAUAUACACUUGAAAAAUGAUUUAAUAAAAUAAUUAUUGAAAUUAAAUCAAAAGUAAUCCAAUGAUAAACUGGUUACACAACAUCGUAAUAUAAUCUGCAAAUAAAAGAGGGGGUAAUAUCUAGAGCUAUGACGAGUCAAUAUCUCAUUUUCGUAAUUAGCGCCAUAUAUACAAACGUAUUUCAUUCGAGUAAAGUGUCUCGUCGAUCUUU